ACACUGGAUCCUGCUUGUUGUACGAAGGAGGUCAGUGUAAAUUAACCUGCGCAAGAAAUGAGCGAGAGACUCCCGGCAUUUGUAACUUGGGAACAAAUUGUAAGUGUUGUGCCAAGCAAUGCACGCCACUGAAGUCGUGCACUGACAUCAAUGGCUUUUGUGUUCAAGACCAGAAGGACUGUGUUAAUGGCUUCAUAAACGUGGGAGACUGUCAAGGUUAUGGAUGCAUGUGCUGCAGCCAGGAACCAUGCCCAAACACCAGAUCCUGCUUGUUGUACGAGGGAGGUCAGUGUAAAUCAACCUGCGCAAGAAAUGAGCGAGUGACUCCCGGCAUUUGUAACUUGGGAACAAAUUGUAAGUGUUGUGCCAAGCAAUGCACGCCACUGAAGUCGUGCACUGACAUCAAUGGCUUUUGUGUUCAAGACCGGAAGGACUGUGUUAAUGGCUUCAUAAACGUGGGAGACUGUGAAGGUUAUGGAUGCAUGUGCUGCAGCCAUGAACCAUGCCCAAACACCGGAUCCUGCUUGUUGUACGAGGGAGGUCAGUGUAAAUUAACCUGCGCAAGAAAUGAGCGAGUGACUCCCGGCAUUUGUAACUUGGGAAAAAAUUGUAAGUGUUGUGCCAAGCAAUGCACGCCACUGAAGUCGUGCACUGACAUCAAUGGCUUUUGUGUUCAAGACCGGAAGGACUGUGUUAAUGGCUUCAUAAACGUGGGAGACUGUCAAGGUUAUGGAUGCAUGUGCUGCAGCCAGGAACCAUGCCCAAACACCGGAUCCUGCUUGUUGUACGAGGGAGGUCAGUGUAAAUUAACCUGCGCAAGAAAUGAGCGAGUGACUCCCGGCAUUUGUAACUUGGGAAAAAAUUGUAAUUUUUGUGCCAAGCAAUGCACGCCACUGAAGUCGUGCACUGAAAAACAAUGGCUUUUGUGUUCAAGCCCGGGAAAGGACUGUUUUUAA